AUGGGAGAAUUGGAGAGUGCAAUCUCACGGGCUAGAGAAGCGCUUGCUUCAAGUAAACACAAAGAAGCUUUGAAUAUCCUCAAACCUUACAAAAAGUCCCUGAAAAAUGUCAAUUCAUCGAAUGUUCCCUUGCAUCAAAUUUAUGCGGACAUAUACCUGGAAAACGGCCAACUGGAAAAAGCCUAUCCAUUACUGGUUCACGCCUGUGAAUUGGAUCCAAGAGGUGAGAUUGGUGGGUCUGAAAAGUUCUUUAUUUUAGGACAGGUUGCGGGUGGAAGUGAUGGAAUUCAAAUGUUUAUGCAGGGCAUUGAAAGCAUCUCUAGCCAAGCAGGCGAUUCUCUACAACAGGAGCAGGCUGACAAGAUUGUCAGUGGAUUGCUCUCCAUGAUCGAAAUUUGGAUGACAGAUCUUUGUAUGGAAGCUAACGCUGAAAGUCAAUGCGAAGAGCUUAUUGCAAAGGCAAUGGAAGUAUCUGAAAAUCAAUCUCCUGAAGCUUGGAGCGUGUUAGGUUCAAUCAGGAUUUCUCAACAAAGAUUUUUGGAGGCUAUUGAAGCGUUUUCGCAAUCUUGGAAAUAUUUCCAGGUAAAGAAAGAGGCAAUUGAGGAGGCGGCUAAAAAUGUGGCUAGUGCGUCACUACAUUCUGAAUUUGUUGAAUUGCUUCAACCGCUUCUGAAUUUAUCAAAGAUGUGUAUUGAAAUGGGUCUUUAUGAUAUAUCCUUGGAGAUAAUUGGCGCUGUAAAGGACAUUGAUGAAGAUAACCUUGAAGGAUACUAUCUAGAGGGAUUUACGCAUUACUUAGUAUGCAAGCUAAAUUUAUUCAAGCUUGCCAAUCCAAAUAUUAAUCUUUCGGCAGAAAAUGUUUACGAGUUCAAUCAACACUUCCAAGAACUCCCCCUAGAUCAAGGAAACCCCAUUAUUCAAGAAGACCUGCAUGAGGCAAGAUGUGCACUCACAUUAGCAGAGAAACUAGCUGAAAAUAAUGAUCCCGAUGAUGAGUUCGUUCAAGAGAUAGUCGGUGGCACUAGGGCACUUCUCCAGGAGCUAGGUGGCCCUGUUGAUAUGGUUCAACUCAUGAAAUAUAAAAAAGGUGAAGAAGACGAAGAUGAGGACGAGGAAUUCGAAGUGGAAGAUGAAGAAUUCGAAUCAUGA